AUGGGCAUACACAGAUUUCCAAAAAUCUUGCGUGGCAAGCUGGGAAUGGCAAGAUAUCAUUCAACCUCAGCAACCAUUGAUGUACCAAAAGGUUGUCUCACAGUAUAUGUUGGUGAAGGCACAAACAAGAGAUUUAUAAUUCCCAUAACAUAUCUAGAACAUCCUUCGUUUCAGACCUUGCUGAAGCUAUCGGAAGAAGAGUUUGGCUAUGAUCAUCCUAUGGGAGGUCUAACGCUCCCAUGCAAAGAAGAAGCCUUCAUUGAACUCACACAAGAUAUAGCAGAAUUUGUUGAAAGAAGAUGA